AUGAUAGAACAACUUCCAAACAUUAUUAUAUUAAAUAUCAUCAAAUCAGUUGACAACAAUGUAGAUUUAAUAUGUCUAUUGCUGACUUGUAAAAGGUUAUACUAUAACAUUAGACAGCAGUAUAGUGGUACUCUACAAUUCAGACAUAUAAGAUAUCUUUUAGAAUACCAUCAACCAAAUGAAUGGUUGAUCAAGUCAAUCAAGACUUUUAAUCUACAAUCAUUCAAAAGUCUAUUCAACAAUGCACUAUCAAAUCAAAUAUUAGUGUCUGAUAAUAAAAAUAAACAAUCAUUUAAUAGUCAUCUUGUAAACAAUAAUAAUGACAACAACAACUUGACAAUACCGCCACCUGAUAACAUAUCACUGACUAUAUAUUUAUCAACCAAACUGGAUGAUAUAAUAGCACCAUCAACAACAACAUCCAUUGAUAUUAACUCUCAAGUAAACACACCACUACCUUCAACUCUAUUACAAGGUAUUGAUAACCUUAGACAUCUAUCCAUUUCAACUGAAUACACAUCGGCAGAAAGAAUAUGCAAGUUACCAGAUACACUCAAAUCAUUUACAAUAUAUUACGACAAGCCAUCUUGUGUAGAAGGAGGUGAUGUAUUUCCAUUGGGAUUAGAGACACUUUCAUUAUCAUCCAAUUUUGAACCAAUAACGCUCAACUCUCUUGGUCUUGGGAAACUAAAGUCACUCAAAUCAUUGGACAUAGCACCUGUAAUCAUCACUGAAUCUCUUCCACUAUUUUUAUCCUCUCCAUCUUCCUCUUCCCCAUCCUCCUCUUACUUUUUACCAAUUUCAUUGACAUCACUUUACAUUGUAUUUGAAUGUACAGUCCCUUCCAACUUUUUUCAAUCACUAGUGUCUCUUGAAAGCAUUACCAUGCGUCUAACUUGUUCUGAAAUAAUGAUCAUGAUCGCCGAGCCCCCAUGGCCUUGGAUCUCACCCACCUCCAUCUUCUCAAUACCUUUAAAUUGUUUUCACGUCAAUUACCCGACAUCUCUUUAA